CUAAAAAAGGGAUCAAAAGGCAAACAUAAAAACCACGGUUUUUAUGUAAAGGUGUAUGCAAAAGAAUCAGUCCAGUGAUAUUGAAAAGACAUCACAAUUAGCAGAGAAGACCGGCUUAUCCAAAGAAUCUCAACCAAGUAAAAUUCAUUGCAUCAGCGACAGUUCUGAGGAUGACUUUGAAGACCCAAAAAAGAAGAAAUCAGAGAAGUGUCCCCAGACGAGCACACCAGAAUGUGGAACGCCUUGCAAAAUGGAAGAUGAUGCUGAAUUGCCUAUAUUGUCACGGUCAAAGAGGAUAAAGAGAAAAAUAAGCAGUCCAGGUCAAUCCCCUAUUAAAAAUGACAGUUUCGAGGAACUACCUGAUUUAGCUGUUCCAGUGAUGUCAGAGAAGGAAGAUGACUAUAUGAAAGACUUUACUGAGAUGAUGCAGAAAAAGAGAGAAAGGCAGUUGCUAGCAGAGAGCACUGUGAUUGACUUCCCUUCUGACAAAGAAGGUAAACAGGUGUCUGUUGUAUACCAGGACCAUGGGGGCCUGGGUUUUACCAGGCCAUUUAAAACAAGUGAUACAGUAAAGAAUGUGUACAGUUGGAUCAUUAGUGAAGUCGAUCCAGAGAUCCUUCCCCCUGUGUUUCAUUUCGAGUGCGCAGCACCUACAAAAUGUAACAACAAAACAUGUCCGCACAUUUAUGAACUAGCAGCUGAUCACUUGGUCACUAUUGAUCAUCUUCCAGACGUUUUAUACCUGCGUGAAGGGUGUUUUGCAGUAAAUGAUACUUUCACAGGACUUGGGGAUGUCCUGAUUUAAUCAGCACAGACUUUAGCGAUAAACAGACAUGAAUAAUUGGCAAACAGCUCCUUUUGUAGAUUGACUUUUUCUUUCAGCUUGCCUGACCUGAAAACACAAGUGAGCUUUUCUGAUCACUUGUUGUCCAUCGUCCAUGUGUUUGUAAACUUUUCACAUUUUCAACUUUUAAAGAAUCACUGGGCCAAUUUUUACAAAAGUUCGUACAAAGCAUCACAUGUGAAGGGAAUUCAUAAUUUAAGAAAUGAAGGGCCAAGGCCCUAUCCAGGGGGAGAUAAUCAAGGAAAGGCAAACAUAGGGUGGAAUCAUUAAAAACCUUCUAAAGAACCACUGGGCCAGAAAAAUUGAACUUUAUUUGGUAGCUUCCUGAGGUAGUGUAGAUUGUAAAUUGAUCAGAUCAUGAUGCUGUGGGAGGGAUGGAGUGGGGCCACAGUGGAUACUACAUAGGGAAAAAAUUUUAAAACUCCUCCAAUGAAGAACAACAAAUGUAUGAUGAAUCAUAUUAAUGUGGAAGCAUUCUCUGGAAUUGUACAUUCAUUUCUCUACAAAUUAUUGUCCCUUUAUACAGGGUGGGGCGACAAAAGAUUAUCAAAAUUUUAUACAGGAAUACAUGCUUAUUUGGGGAAAAAAAUCUGAUGCAGAUUGGCAGGGCUAAAAUGACCCAGGGGAGCAUUGUGAACCAUGGGCUAAUGUUUGGGUUAAAUUUAAUGUUUGUUGAAUAUCAUGUGCAAGUAUUAUGUCUGAUAUGAUAUAUCAACAUGUGUAAUAUUUUUGGUUUCAAUAUCAUAGAUAGGUAUCUUUCUAAUAUAAUUACAUGUGGAAGUGGUAUGUCUGUUACUUAUUUAGAAUAUCAUUUCCUCAGACUUUUUUGUGUUUUUUGGUGAAAGCUCAUUUUACAUUGAGACAUGAUUUUAUAGUAUCUAUUAUUUGUAGAAAAAUGUAAAUCAUUUUCAUGAAUUAUAAAAACCAU